UUUUCCGAAAGUGGCGGAAGUUUUUCGGCGGUUCCGGAUUUGAGCGAAUUUUCGACGGAAAUGACAUACGGAACGACCUUCUGCUGAAUCACCGAGAUGAGUCGAAGGCUGGCCAAGUUGCACAAACCGUGCGACAGGCUGGACAAGUACGACAAUGAGCCGUACAUGCAGAACCCGCUGCUGAAUCUGUUCCUGUCCGAGGUGAAGGAACGACGCCAUUAUAGUUUUAUCCAAAGAAAAGCUGCCGCGGAAAAAGUUAAAAUCUGCCGCCGCAAAACCGAAGACCUGGACGAUGUUAUUCCAAAGCCCGAAUCUUACUACGUCGAUCAGCUACGCGAGCAUGCCAAACGGGCUCCGGUUCCCAAGAUGCUUUCGCGGACUGAGGAAAAAAUUCUAUCCUUCGUGCCGAAACGACUGCGACAGCAAUAUCCAACCGCUCUGGCAAACUACAUGGUGGACGUCCACGAAGACUUCGACAAAGUCAUGAAAGCCUUCAGCUGCCAGAAGAUCUUUAAACCUGCUCCCGAUGACUAUGUUCCACCGAGAGAAAAGUUUGAAUUCAAACGCCUGGGAAGGACUCCCAAUUACAAGAACUUCCUCAAACAUAAGGCUGCCAUUCAAAAGAACCUACUUAUUCCCCAUCCGUUCAUUCGCUGCAUUAUCCAUUACUCCUAUUCGGACUUUCCACCGGUCCUGAACGAUUACACCAAGUAUAGGAUGAAGGAUGAGAUUACGUUGAAUGAGCUUCGCGAUAUGGCCAAGAAGGAACUCCAGGGAUACAACAAUUUCAUAGCCCAAGAAUGGUAUCCGAAGGUUACGCGGAUACUGAAGAAACACUAUGAUCGUCGUACGCUUCCGAAAUCGAUGUGGCCGAAAGUGAUCAACUGCGCCUCCGGGCUUAUCAAUCGGCAGCUAACCGAAUUGAAACUGCGCACCAUUGAGCAUCUACGGCAGACCGUUCUCAAUGUUCAUAAAAUUCCACAGAUGAAGGUCAUCGCCAUAUGUGACGACGGCGUGGUGGACUUAUUUCCAAGCUUGAACGACAUUUUCAGCGUUUACCAGAACGCGAUCGAGGACAUUGCCAUGGUGGGUUCACGUUUGGAUCCACUGGAAAACAUGAUCGAUGCUCAGGCAUUUGUGACCAAGUUCAGUUUUAUGAAGGUUGUAGUCGGCGAUAUUACACUACAAGAGGCUCACAAUGCUUUGCAACUCGCUCUUGAGAAGACUUUCGAACCAUUGGCUAAGUAUUUGAAGGACUUCCAGGAAGAGUUUGCCGGUUUGAUCAGCCCAGAGAUCCGCCAAGAGUUGGAUGAGUUUCUGAGCGAACCCCGUUCGUUCGAGGAAUAUUUGGAGAAGAUUGACUACUUCCAAGCGUACAACGAAAAGAUCAAGAACAUGGUGAUGAAGGAGUACUUCUACGUGGCCAUCGUGAAUCAAUCGGAUGCUAUCGGUAGCGUGAGGAAGAUGGUGCGGGAGUACAUUGAACGCAUUGCGUCGCACAUCGCGGUGGAGCAUAGGAAGGAGAGUCAGCGGAUCUGCAAGGAAUUUGAAGAGAUUAAGGAUCGAGCUCUGGAAAUACCGACGUCUACUGAGCAGCUGAUGGCUAACGGGGAGUACAUGACACGCGCCAAGACCGAGGUUAUUGAGGAACUGCGCGAGAAGAUUCAGGAAUCGAUGAGGAUUGGAGCUUACUUGGUGGAGCUACUGGAACUGCCACCAGAUCACAUGGAUGUCCAGGUCGAAAGCAUCAACUGGUAUUUCCGGAUACAAGCAGUUUUCGAUAUCAAUUCUACGAAUUUCGAAACCUACAAGUUCCAGUUCGAAGAGAAACUCCAGGAGGUGACGAAACAGUUGAACGAAAAGAUGGAGGAAAUGAUACCCAAGAUAGCGAUCAUCAACGACAUGACGGAAACGGAGAAGUUCCGGGAUUAUGUAAUGCUGCUGCAAAGUUACAUUGAUCAGAUAUUUGUCUUUGAGGAUUAUGUCAAGUGGAUCAAUAAGGAGGAAGUGCUGUUCAAGUUUCCUAAGUCGCAAUAUUCGGUGUUGGAAGCGAUCAAAACGUUCAUCGUGCCGUUCUAUAAAUUGAUCAGGUUAUGCAUGCGAUGGCUACGCUACUAUAACGUCUGGAUGGACGGCCCUUUCGAAUACCUGGAACCUCAUUUUGUGGAAUCUAAAACGGAAGAGUUCUUGAAGGAGUUUCAGAAGACUCAAAAGUACUACCGCAAUCGUAUAAAAGCGGACAUGCUUGAGAAUACCCUCUGUAAAUUCAAGGGUCAAACGGAAGACCCGGACCCGGAGAAGCAUCCGUGCCCACUGAAGCUUUGCGCCCGGAUGACGCAGUCUAUCAAGGACUUCCACCUGGGAGUUUACAUAGUAAACAUUAUGUGCAAUCCGGCGUUGAAGGAUCGUCACUGGGACGAGAUGUCGGAGAUAGCCGGGUUCGAUUUGACCCCGGAUGCGGGUACCACACUGCGCAAGAUCAUCAACCACAAGCUGGACAAGGAUUUGGACAAGUUUGAAAUCAUCAGUAUCGGUGCGAACAAGGAGUUACAGCUGCAGAAGAAUUUGGCGGCCAUGAUCAAGGAAUGGGAGUCGAUCGACUUUAAGUUAAACCCAUUCAAGGAGACCAAUCUGAAUAUUUUGUCCGGUUUGGAUGAAAUACAGUCGGUGCUGGAUGACCACAUCAUCAAGACAUUGGCAAUGAGAGGUUCUGCUUUCGUGAAGCCCUGCGAGAAGGAGGUCAAGGAAUGGUACAAAACGCUUACGCGUGUUAACAAAACAAUCGAACAGUGGGGAAAGGUCCAGAGUACGUGGUUGUAUCUGCUGCCUAUAUUUUCGUCUGCGGAUAUUGUAGCACAAAUGCCAAACGAAGGCAGAAUGUUUCAGCAAGUGGACAAGACUUAUCGGAUGUACAUGAAGAUUGUCGAAGCAAAUCGCUCAGUGAUGAAUGUGGCGGCGGCCAAAGGUGUACUGGAGGCCCUCGAAGAGUCCAACGAGCUUAUGGAGGAAAUCACUAAUGGCGUCAACGAAUAUCUAGAGAAGAAACGAUUGUAUUUCCCAAGGUUCUUCUUUCUCUCGAACGACGAAAUGCUGGAGAUUUUGUCCGAAACCAAAGAUCCGCUGCGGGUUCAACCACAUUUGAGCAAGUGUUUCGAGGGGGUGAACCGAUUGGAGUUUGAUCAGGCUCUGGAUAUUCGAUCGAUGUUUAGUAUCGAGAAGGAGCAGGUGCAGUUCGUGGAUAAAGUGUCGACGUCGGAAGCCCGAGGAAGCGUGGAGAAGUGGUUACUACGUGUGGAGGAGGAAAUGUUACGAGCGGUGUUCCACCAAAUGCGGGGUAGCUAUGAGGCGUACAAGGAGAAGGAACGGCAUGCUUGGGUUUUGGAUUGGCCCGGAAUGAUAGUACUCUGUGUAUCGCAGAUCUACUGGGCUGCGAACAUCCACGCGUGUUUGGGACAGAAGCCGGAAUCGAUUGCCGAAUACUUUGAGCAGUUGCAGAAGGAGCUGAUGGACGUUGUGAUGCUAAUUCGAUCGAAAGAGAUUACCAAUCUGGAUCGCAUAACAAUCAAAGCGUUGAUUGUUAUCGAUGUUCACGCAAAGGACGUUGUAGAUGAUCUUAUCAAGCAAGGGAUCCACACCGAAAACGACUUUCAAUGGUUGGCACAGUUGCGCUACUAUUGGAGCGAAGAAGAGGUGACAGUGAAGAUCAUCAACGCUUCGGUUCGCUACGCGUGUGAAUAUCUAGGAAAUUCGGAUCGGUUGGUUAUUACUCCGCUGACAGAUAGAUGUUACCGAACGCUGAUGGGAGCCUACCAGUUGCACUUGAAUGGAGCACCGGAAGGUCCUGCUGGAACUGGUAAGACGGAAACUACCAAGGAUUUGGCGAAAGCGUUGGCAGUGCAGUGUAAGGUGUUCAAUUGCUCAGAUGGGCUAGACUACAAAGCGAUGGGGAAAUUCUUCAAGGGGCUUGCAUCUUCCGGAGCUUGGGCUUGUUUUGAUGAGUUUAACAGAAUCGAACUGGAAGUUUUGUCUGUCGUCGCGCAGCAAAUAUUGUGUAUCAUAGUGGCCGUCCGAGCUGGAGUGCAAAAGUUCAUCUUUGAAGGAACGGAACUGAAUCUAAAUCCAGCAUGCUACGUCUGCAUUACGAUGAAUCCAGGCUACGCCGGUCGUUCAGAGCUUCCUGAUAAUCUCAAGGUGCUCUUUCGAACCGUGGCCAUGAUGGUGCCAGACUAUGCCAUGAUCGGAGAGAUUUCCCUGUAUUCUUUUGGGUUUACCAAUGCGCGGUCACUGGCAGUUAAGAUUGUCACCACCUAUCGGCUUUGCUCGGAGCAAUUGUCUUCACAGAAUCAUUACGACUACGGAAUGCGAGCCGUCAAAACUGUACUUCAAGCUUGUGGUAAUCUUAAAAAAGCAUUCCCUGACGAGGAUGAAGAAAUUUUGCUUUUGCGUUCACUUCUGGACGUUAAUCUACCAAAAUUCCUCAGAAAAGACGUGCCAUUAUUUGAAGGAAUCAUUUCGGAUCUGUUCCCUGGCGUGUCUCUUCCCGAAGCAGACUACACGCUGCUGACGAACGCUUUCAACGAUGUUUGCCGGGAUAUGCAACUACAACCUAAGGACACCUUCCUGACCAAAGUGAUCCAAACCUACGAGAUGAUCAUCGUUCGACAUGGUUUCAUGCUGGUUGGUCACCCAUUCUCGGGCAAGUCCAUGACUCUGAAAGUACUAGCCGAAUGUUUGACGAAGCUGAAAGGCAAAAGCGACAACCCAUACUUUCAACGCGUACAUUACGAAGUUGUCAAUCCUAAAGCAAUUACCAUGGGUCAGCUGUACGGCGCCUUUGAUCCUGUUUCGUAUGAAUGGACAGAUGGGAUUGCUUCCACGAUUUUCCGUCGAUUCGCCAUUGAUACGGAGCCCGAUCGAAAAUGGUUGAUCUUUGAUGGGCCGGUCGAUGCGGUCUGGAUCGAAAACAUGAAUACGGUGUUGGACGAUAAUAAGAAGCUUUGUUUGACCUCGGGCGAAGUUAUCACGAUGACCGGCGAAAUGUCGAUGAUAUUUGAGGUUAUGGAUCUGGAGCAGGCAUCUCCUGCGACCGUGUCCCGGUGUGGAAUGAUCUUCAUGGAGCCGUCCGUGAUUGGAUGGGAGGCUUUUGUAAAGUCGUGGAUUCAACGGUGCAACAAACAGUGGACAGCGGAUUGGGAAGACAUGCUACUGGAGAUCUUCCGUUGGGUGAUUCCGGAUUGUUUGAAGUUCAUCAGGAGGCAGUGUAGACAAUAUUUAUAUCCCGGUGAUAUCAACUUGCUGACUUGCACGAUGAACAUCUUCCAAAUGGUGAUUGACGAAGCAGUUCAUGAGAGCCCGGAUGAGUACGCGAAGUAUCUGUUCACGUGGUUCCAGGCAGCGUUGAUGUAUUCGGUCGUUUGGGGCUUGGGAGGUAUUUUGGAUAUGGACUCGAAGAUUAAGUUCGAUGAGUUCUAUCGAGAGAAUCAUCCAGUACCGGAUGCCUUAGGGAAAAUCGACGUUUCGAUGCCAGGAGAAGGUAUGAUCAUGGACUAUGUGUAUUAUUUUAAGCAGAAGGGCAAUUGGCGCUACUAUCCGGAUAUGGUAAGGCAGAUGAAAAACGAAGUAGGAAUUACUCUGUUGGUUCCUACGUUGGACUCCGUCCGUUAUAUGCACAUAUUGGAUAUUCAUGUGAAGAACAAGAAACCGCUACUUUUGGUGGGACCAACCGGUACAGGGAAAACAUACUAUUGCAGUAGAUUUGUCCCUCUUUUCGGCUAUUACCUAAUGAGCAAAAUGGAUCAGAAAACAUUCCUUCCUACGCUCAUCACCUUCACGUCGCAGAUCACAGCAAACCAAACGCAAGAGUUGAUCAUAUCCAAGCUGCUCAAGAAACAGCGUGGCCGAUAUGGACCGCCGGACAACAAAACGGCCGUGCUAUUCAUCGACGACAUGAACAUGCCGGCUAAAGAGAUCUACGGAGCCCAACCUCCGAUAGAGCUGAUCAGACAAUACUUCGACUACAGCCAUUGGUACGACCUGAAAGAUGCAUCCAAACUGUUCCUGGAGAAGAUCCUCAUAAUGACUGCGUGUGGUCUACCGGGAGGAAGUCGUCAGAAUGUCUACGAGCGUUUUCUGUGUCACUUCGAUAUCUUCGCGAUCAGUAAUUUCAACGACGAAACCAUGUUCAAGAUCUUCAGCAACGUGCUUCUCGAUGGGUACAAAAAGGGUGGCCACGCCACGGAUGUCACCACAAUGGUCAACAUGAUCGUUAACGCAACUCUGGAUCUUUAUCAGUUUGCAUGCGCGAAGCUUUUGCCAACUCCCGCCAAGUCGCAUUACAUAUUUAACCUACGGGACGUUUCGCGGGUCAUCAGUGGAUGCUCGAUGCUGAAGCGUGAAUCCGUGGAAAGCAAGAAAGUAUUCCCCCGGCUUUGGAUGCACGAAGCUAUGAGAGUUUUCUACGAUCGCUUGAUCAACGAUACGGAUCGAUUGUUUGUGUUCGACAAACUUAAUCAGAAUCUAAAAGCUUUCUUCAAAGAGCGUACGGAGCUACUGCUGCCGGAUUUCUUCGACGAGCAGACCGGAGCGGUGAAGUUGGGAAGUUUGAAUAAUUUGAUGUUUGGAAGUUAUUUUGAUGCGGACGCUGAAACCGAAGAUAGGAAAUACGAGGAAACGCAGCAGGUGGAGCAGUUCCGUGAUUUGGCCAACCGGGAUCUGGCGGAGUAUAACAGCACGCACAAGGCAAAGAUGGAUAUCGUUCUGUUUCAGUACGCUCUGCAGCAUUUGAACAAAAUCUGCCGCAUAAUGUCAAUGGCCGGAGGAAGUUGCAUGUUGGUCGGAAUGGGAGGAUCCGGACGGCAAUCCUUGACAAAGCUAGCUGCUCAGAUAUGUGGUCAAUCGUUAUUCCAACCGGAGAUAACAAAGUACUACGGAAUCAACGAGUGGAGAGAAGAUUUGAAAAAGGUGUUAAAGGAAGCAGGAGGAAUGGGUCGCGAUACAGUAUUUUUAUUGACGGAAGCUCAACUGAAAGAGGAGGCAUUCCUUCAAGACAUCGACUGUCUUCUCAAUAUAGGAGAAGUACCGAACAUCUACCCGAUCGACGAAAAGCAAGAGAUUUUGGAACUGGUGAGACUGGCUGCGCAAGGCGGAAAUCGCAACCUGGACAUCAGCCCACUGGAAGUGUUUCAGUUCUUCGUCAAUCGCUGCAAGCAAAAGCUCCAUAUAGUGAUCUGUUUCAGUCCGAUCGGGUCGGUUUUGAGAACCCGUAUUCGGCUGUAUCCUUCUUUGGUCAACUGCUGCACAAUCAACUGGUUCGACGCAUGGCCAGAAGACGCCUUGGAAAAGGUUGCCGAAAUGUACAUGAAGGAGUUGAACGUAGCUUCCUCGGUGAAGGAAUCUAUAGUCGUAACCUGUAAGCAUUUCCAUGUAGUUGCUCGCGAAGUGUCCGCCGAAUUCACCAAAGCAACCGGACGGGUAACCUACAUCACAUCCGCUUCGUAUCUAGAACUCAUUAAAUGCUUCCGUAAUCUUACCAAGAAGCACCAAUCCGAAAUCAUGGAGAAUAAGAUGCGCUACCUGGGAGGUUUGGAAAAGUUGGAUGCCGCAGCGGAAGCGGUAUCGACGAUGCAGAAGGAACUAAACGCCCUACAACCAACGUUGAUCAUCAUGGCAGAAGAAUCGCGUAAAAUGACUGAAGAAAUCGAGAAAGAAUCCAUAGAAGCAGCCGCAGCGACGGAGCAAGUAAAAAAAGACGAAAUAGUGGCAAACAUUCAAGCAGCGGAGACGCAAGUGCUGAUGGCGGAUUGUGAAAAGGAUCUCGCUGGAGCAAUUCCCAUUCUGGAGGAAGCCAUUCAAGCUUUGAAUACCUUGAAACAGAACGACAUUACCCUGGUCAAAUCGAUGAAGAAUCCACCCGAAGUGAUCAAACUAAUUAUGGCGGCCGUUUGUGUGAUGAAAGGUAUUCCAGCGGACAAGGUCACCGAUCAAGCUACCGGAAAGAAGAUGCUGGAUUAUUGGGGUCCCAGUAAACGUUUGCUCGGAGAUAUCAACUUCUUGCAAACGCUGAAAGACUACGACAAGGAACACAUCAAUCCGGAUGUUAUGAAGAAGAUACGGAAGGAUUUCAUUCCUCACAAGGACUUUCAACCUCACAUUGUGGCGAAGGCAUCCAGCGCAGCAGAGGGCCUCUGCAAAUGGAUCAUUGCAAUGGAUUUGUAUGACGCCGUGGCAAAGAUUGUGGCUCCGAAAAAGGAGAAGUUACGUCUAGCGGAAAACGCUUACGCGGAAACGAAGAAGAUAUUAGCAGAAAAGCGACAGCUAGCUGCUGACUUGGAGAAGAAGGUGGCCGAAUUAAACGAUAACCUGGAGGAGGCGAAUCGCAAGAAACAGGAGGUCGAAGAUGAGGUACAGAUGUGCAAGGAGAAGCUGCAUCGAGCAGAAAUGUUGAUCGGAGGGCUUGGCGGAGAGAAGAGUCGUUGGACAGCAUCGGCGGAGCGACUGCAACAACUGUACGACGAUUUGGCCGGAGAUAUUCUGGUUUCUAGCGGAGUGAUUGCAUACCUUGCUCCGCUGACGGCGACGUAUCGGCAUCGCUGCAUCGAAAACUGGCAUGGGUUUGUUAAGAAGAUAAAGAUUCCUUGUUCGGAGAGUUACAGCUUAGUGGACAUAUUGGGAUCGAUGAUCAAAAUCCAGAACUGGAACAUCGCUGGUCUGCCAACGGAUGCCUUCUCAGUGGAAAAUGGCAUCAUUAUGGACUGUUCAAGCAGGUACAGCUUGUUCAUUGAUCCACAGUUUCAAGCGAACAAAUGGAUUCGGAACAUGGAGCGUAAUAACCACUUGCAGAUCUUGAAGUUCUCGCAAGCGGACUACAUGAAACGGCUGGAAUCGUGCAUUGAGCAUGGUUAUCCAGUGUUGAUUGAAAACAUAUUUGAAGAUUUGGAAGCACCUCUGGAUCCUCUGUUGAAUCGAAACACUUUCGUUCAGGGAGGUACUGAGUACCUGAGCUUAGGAGACAACGUAAUACCAAUUUCCCCGAAGUUUCGUUUAUAUCUGACGUCGGGAUUGAGGAACCCACAUUAUCUACCGGAAGUAUUUAAUAAAGUGACCAUCAUCAAUUUUGCACUGACGAUCCAGGGCUUGGAAGAUCAACUGCUCGGCAUCGUAGUGGCUAAGGAACGACCAGAUCUGCAAGAGCUUCGUCAAACUCUAAUCGUUCAGGGUGCGAAGAACGUUGCUAUGUUGAAGGAGGUCGAGGACAAGAUUUUGAAAACUUUGUCAGAGAGUAAGGGUGAUAUUUUGGAAGAUGAAACAGCGAUAAAAAUAUUGGAUGAUUCAAAACGUAUCUCGAUCGAUAUUGUUAAGAAGCAGGAAGACUCGAAGGAAAUAGAAGCAAAGAUUGAAGCAUUUCGUCAGAGUUACCGCCCUGUCGCGGCUCACUCAUCCACGCUCUAUUACUGCAUCACGGAGUUGCCUAAUAUUGAUCCGAUGUAUCAAUUUUCACUGUCCUGGUUCAUUAACCUUUACAUUUAUUCGAUCGAGAAUGCUAACAGAACUAAGGAUCUCCUACGGAGACUGAAAUUUCUCAUGGACGCGGUAACUUUGAAUCUUUACAGUAAUGUAUGCCGAUCUCUAUUCGAGAAGGACAAACUUCUUUUCUCGUUUGUACUGACAACCAAGAUUAUGAUAUCCUGCAAUCAAAUAGAUCUGAAAGAAUUUGAGUUUCUCCUACUUGGUGGAGAGAGAAGCAAAAUUGAUCUGCCGAAUCCGGACCCCAGUUGGGUAACCGACAAACUCUGGGAGGACAUUCGUCGUUUGGAGCAGCUACCGGAGUUCACUGGAUUCGCAAAGAGUUUCAUCCAGACGAUUGACGCUUGGAAACGCUAUUACGAUGUUGAGGAUACCCAUUUGGAAAAGUUACCCUCUCCAUGGCAGGAGAAAACAAACCGCUUCGAAAAGCUGAUAGUGCUUCGUACUUUCCGACCCGACAAAGUAGUUCUCGCAAUCACCGAAUUUGUCGCAUCCGAAAUGGGACCAGCUUACGUUCUGCCACCUCCGUUCGACAUAGCCAAGUCGUACGAAGAUUCCAACUGCCUAACGCCACUAAUCUUCAUUCUGUCUCCGGGAGCGGAUCCAAUGAAUGCACUUCUACUGUUUGCGGAGAAAAUGGGAUUCGACGAAACCUUCCAAGCAAUAUCCCUCGGACAAGGUCAGGGACCAAUUGCACAGAAAAUCAUCGAGAAAGCGCAAGACGAAGGGACAUGGGUGUGUCUUCAAAAUUGCCACCUUGCGGCUUCCUGGAUGCCUACGUUGGAGUUCUUGUGGGAAAACAUGGACCUCUUUAACACUACAUCUUCCUUUCGGCUGUGGUUGACCAGCUACCCAUCGGAACAAUUUCCAGCAAGUAUUCUGCAGAAUGGUAUAAAAAUGACAAACGAGCCACCAACGGGACUUCAGCAGAAUCUCCUGCGAUCGUACAACUCGGAACCUAUGAAUGACGAUGCUUUCUACACGGGUUGCGCCGGAAAAGAUCGUUCUUUCUCCAAACUGUUGUACGGAAUCUGCUUCUUCCACGCAGUCGUCCAAGAACGUCGCAAGUUCGGACCUCUCGGGUGGAACAUCUCCUAUGGUUUCAACGAGUCCGACUUCCAGAUCUCAGUUCUUCAGUUGCAAAUCUUCCUUAAUCAGUAUGACGACAUUCCAUACAUGGCUAUAUCUUACUUAACCGGUGAAUGCAACUAUGGAGGACGCGUAACCGACGCCUGGGAUCGCCGUGCAAUUGUUACGAUAUUGGCAGACUACAUCAACGAUCGGGUCGUGAAUGAUCCGAAGUAUAGGUUCUCCAAUCAAGGCGACUGCUACGGCGUUCCUCUGAGAAACGAACAUCGAGAGUAUGUAGCGCAUAUCAAGAACAACGUGCCGAACUAUCCAAGCCCUGCCGUGUAUGGAUUACAUCCGAAUGCGGGGAUUACCAGGGAUCUGAACGCUUCCAAGGUGUUGCUGGAGUCGAUGUUGAUGACCCAGGGUGGAUCCUCGGAGAUGAGCGAUGUCGAGAAGGAAAAAGCUAUACUGGCGGUCAUCGAAGGCAUUGAGAGCCGAUUGCCGCCGGAUUUCGACUUGGAAUUGGCCAAGGCUAAAUACCCGGUAGACUACAGUGAAUCGAUGAACACGGUGCUGGUGCAGGAGAUGGAGCGGUUCAACAAUCUGCUUCAGGAGAUUCGAAGCAGUUGCAUAAAUUUGAAGAAGGGCAUUGCCGGGUUGAUUGUGCUGACUCCGGAAUUGGAAUCGGUGUAUAAUGCGAUCAAUUACAAGAAGAUUCCCGAUAGCUGGAUGAGAAAGUCCUAUCCGAGUUUGAAGCCUAUCGGGGCGUACAUUAAUGACUUUUUGGAACGACUGGCGUUCCUGGAGACGUGGUAUCAAACGGGGAAACCGAAUGUUUUCUGGAUAUCUGGGUUCUACUUUACGCAGGCUUUCCUGACGGCGGCUAUGCAGAACUACGCCCGCAAGUAUCGCAUUCCGAUCGAUAUAUUGACAUUUGACUAUAGUGUAUUGCGGGCAACGACGGUGAACUCAAGUCCCGAGAAUGGCGUAUACAUCGAGGGGCUAUUCCUGGAAGGCGCCAAAUGGAACCUCAGAGGAAGUUAUUUGGAGGAACAGUUGCCCAAAAUGCUGAUUGACGUCAUGCCGAUUAUUCAUCUUAUGCCCGUCAAGACAGCCGAGCUAUAUGAAGGCAAUCGCUACAAAUGUCCGGUGUACAAAACGGCCGAGCGUAAGGGCACUCUUUCGACGACCGGUCAUUCAACGAACUAUGUCAUCCCGAUCCUGCUGGGGACCAAACUGAACAGCGCCCACUGGGUUAAACGGAGCGUGGCACUUCUUUGCCAGAUCUCGGAGUGAAAGUUUUAGCACCGGAACUGAAAUUUUACUGGAUAUUUUUAUGCAUUCAGAUAACAUUUGUACGUGACUUAUUUUAAUGGUAUUUUUCUAUAAUUAUAUGCACAUCAUUUUAAACCAUA